CGGGCUCGGCGUCCCCGGGCCGCUGCGCAGCGCCCGUUGGCGGAAGCCGCGCUGCCGGGCAGGAGAGCUCGGGCCGGGCGCGGCGCCCGGCUCCCCGCGCCAUGCAGCGCCUGGCCAUGGACCUGCGGGUGCUGUCUCGGGAGCUCGCGCUCUACCUGGAGCACCAAGUGCGCGUCGGCUUCUUCGGCUCGGGCGUCGGCUUGUCCCUCCUCCUGGGCUUCGGCGUCGCCUACGCCUGCUACUACCUGAGCAGCAUCGCCAAGAAGCCCCAGCUGGUGACGGGCGGCGAAAGUUUCAGCCGCUUCCUCCGCGAGCACUGCCCGGUGGUGACGGAAACUUACUACCCGACCGUGUGGUGCUGGGAGAGCCGGGGACAGACGCUGCUGCGACCCUUCAUCACCGCCAAGCCCCCGGUGCAGUACCGGAAUGAACUUAUUAAAACCGCAGAUGGAGGACAGAUUUCCCUGGACUGGUUUGAUAAUGGUAACAGUGCGUAUUACACGGAUGCCAGCACCAGACCCACUAUCUUACUGCUGCCCGGCCUCACCGGAACCAGCAAGGAGUCGUAUAUCCUUCAUAUGAUCCGUGUCAGCGAAGACUUAGGAUACAGAUGUGUGGUUUUUAACAACAGAGGAGUAGCAGGAGAGAAUCUCUUGACACCGAGGACAUACUGCUGCGCCAACACGGAAGACCUGGAGACCGUGAUUCACCACGUGCACAGCCUGUACCCCUCUGCUCCCUUUCUGGCCGCAGGGGUCUCAAUGGGAGGAAUGCUGCUUCUCAAUUACCUGGGCAAAAUUGGGCCCAAAACCCCACUGAUGGCAGCUGCCACGUUUUCAGUGGGCUGGAACACGUUCGCCUGCUCGGAGUCCCUGGAGAAACCGCUGAACUGGCUGCUCUUUAAUUACUACUUGACGACCUGCCUGCAGUCCUCGGUUAAUAAACACCGGCAUAUGUUUGUAAAGCAAAUCGAUAUGGACCAUGUCAUGAAGGCUAAGUCUAUCAGGGAGUUUGAUAAGCGCUUCACCUCCGUCAUGUUUGGCUACCCAACCAUCGAUGAUUACUACACUGACGCCAGCCCCAACCGCAGGCUGGACUCUGUUGGGAUUCCAGUGCUGUGCCUCAACUCCGAGGAUGACGUCUUCUCUCCCAGUCACGUAUCCCCCCAAAGAAAAGGAGGAAAAGGAGGCGGCAAAGCAGCAGAGAACAACAAACCCAAAAGCCUAAUCCUCCAUGAUUCGAUAUUUCAGUCCCCAAAGCAAUCCCCAUAGAGACUGCGAAGCAGAACCCGAACGUGGCCUUGGUCCUCACCUCUCACGGAGGCCACAUCGGCUUCCUGGAGGGGAUCUGGCCCCGGCAGUGCACAUACAUGGACCGCGUCUUCCAGCAGUUCGUGCGGGCCAUGGUGGAGCACGGGCACGAGCUGGCGCGCACGUAGCCAUGGCCACAGCCAGGGCCACGGCCAGGGCCACGGGAGGUGGCCGGGGGAGGACUAGGCCUGGCAGAGGCGCCUGCUUUGGGAACACAACGACUUCGACUUCGUAGCGAGACACCGAGCCUAGUUUAGAUUGUCACCCUCGUAGCUUCUGUUUUCCUAGGCCUUACCAAGUGCGACCUUAACAGCAGUAGUCCGCCCUCCGAAAACCGCAGUGUGAGCCGAGUAACUGCUCAGGGUUUCCUGGAUGCUGGGAGUUUCUCGGGGACUCAGCCUAGCGGACUUAGCAAGGGGACUUUGCACAGGUUGAGAGAUCCGAGUUGCUCAGACACAAGCUAGAAACAGUGCGUGCGGCGGGCGCUGCAGCAUACAGGGGCAGCCCAGCGUGGACUCCUGGGCCCCCACUGCUCAGGGGCAAGCGGACCCCAUGACCCGACUUCCACACCGCACUUUUACUCUGGUGAUGUUAAACGAGGGCUGGUUUGUGUUUUGUAACGAUUAUGAUUUACAGGCUUAUUUUUAAAAUAGUGUAUGUGCACAUCUAUAUCAUUAUAUUGAAAUAAAUUGUAUCAUUUUAAUUA